UGCGAUCGGGUACGCUGAGACGAUUGAGAGUUAGGACGAACUGGUUGACCCCCGGUCUCUUGCAUUUUACAACCUAGGUCCCGACCCGUCUCCUUACGUCCUUCGUCAUCUUGGUAUUGAAGGCAAAAAAAAGAUGACGACAAAAUUUAACAAGGACAUGUACGCAAAGAUGAGAUCGAAGAAGGACGAACCGCUGUCCAAUUUGGGGAAGAAGGUCGUGCGCGUGACCGGGAAGGGCCCUGCUCCCACUCCCCUUAGUGUCGUUCCUCUCAUAGCUCCUGAGGCGACGAGAACUGCCUCUCCUACUGCGUCAAUAGAGGAGAUCGCUACUCCCGGCUCCAAAAGGCAGCGCCUGGCUGACAAAGGGAAGGAGAAGGAGAAGGCUGAUAUUCGUCCGUCCACAAUAUGGGACGACGAAAGGUUGGCCGUGGACAGGGCUCACGAGGUGGUCACUCCAGCGGACCUAAGGGCUCUUUCAGACAUGUCUUUGAACGACAUAGCUUCUCUUCAUGUUCAUAAGCUCGUCCAGGUGUUGGGAGAGAGCCUCCAUAUUACCACCGAGUAUCUCACUCAAGAGGCCAAGGUGGCAUCUCUGACAACGCGGAUGGAGGCCCUGGAGAAAGAAAACUCUGAUCUAAAAAAGAACCUGAUAACCUCCAUGGACGAGGCAACCUCGUUGAAGGAGAAGGUUAAAAUACUGGGAGACGACCUCCGGGUUGAACGCAAGUUGACUCAGGAGAAGGAUGAGCAGCUUCUUUCAGCCAAGGAGAAGCUUGCAACUAUCGCUGCCAGGUCGGUGGAGGCUUUCCAGACCACUGACGAGUACAAUACUAUACUCUUCAGUUGGUAUUUUAAAGGCUUCGAGCUUCUUAGGAGAUAUCUCGUCAAGCAUCCAUCUGGGGUGAACAUGGAGAGCUUGGAUCUGGAGGAGGUAGAUAAGGAGAUGGCCUUGGACGAAGCGGCUCAAUCUUCUGCCCCAGAGGGUGAUGCUCCAGAGCCUGCCACCGACGCACCUGCUGUUGAGGACGUUGCUGCUGAUGCCUGAUCUUGGCACUUGGAAAAUUUUUCUUUUUUGUUGUAUUUUUGGUGGACGCCCUUCUUGU